UUAUGUGGGCUCCUGAGGGUCUCCGAGGAAUUCGAUAGAGCAGCGUGGAAGCCCUGGCUGGGCCCCAGGGAUGAGGUGGUUUCCCGCCUUGGCGGUGGUGGACCGGAGCGCUUGGACUCCCUAGGCCCUGCAGCCCCUCUCCCUUGCACGGUUGACGGCUAUUUCUGGGGCACCAGGCAACAGGUGCCCGGUAUCUGUACUGCGCGGCAGCUGAGGAGCAGCAGCCACCAAAGGGGUGAGGUGCUCGCAAGCGCGCCCCUGGAUAAUGCUCCAAAAGAGUACCCUCCCAAGAUCCAACAGCUGGUCCAGGACAUCGCCAGCCUCACGCUCCUGGAGAUCUCAGACCUCAAUGAACUCUUGAAGAAAACGUUGAAGAUCCAGGAUGUCGGCCUCAUGCCGAUGGGUGGUGUGAUGCCUGGUGCCGUCCCUGCUGCAGCAGUCCCCGAGGAAGUAGAGGAGGAGGAACUCCCCAAACAGAAGGAACGGACACAUUUCACUGUCCGCCUGACAGAGGCAAAGCCUGUGGAUAAAGUGAAGCUGAUCAAGGAGGUCAAGAACUACAUCCAGGGCAUCAACCUUGUCCAGGCAAAGAAGCUGGUAGAGUCCCUACCCCAGGAAAUCAAAGCCAAUGUCGCCAAAGCCGAGGCCGAGAAGAUAAAGGCAGCCCUGGAAGCAGUGGGCGGCACCGUGGUUCUAGAGUAGCCCCAGCGCUGAGGACUUAUGGACUGGAGGCCUGGGACCUGGGUGAGGCCCUGCCCACCCAUACUGGCCCGCUCCGCUCCCAGCACCAGGCUCCUGGGCAGGGGCCUAGAGGGCCGCAGCAACUGGCACUAGUGGCCCUGUCUGCCUGGGAGGGGCGAGAUGGACCUACAGUGCUGGGGAGGGAUUGCUGCUUCAGCUUGAACAGAGCCCGGAGGCCACUCUGGAGCUAGCCAGUCCCCAUGAGCCCGUCUGGUGGCUGCUGAGGAAAAUACACUGUUGAGGCUGGUGUGUGGAGUCCUGUCCUCGGCAGGUCGCGUGAGGGGCCACCUGUGGUGGUGUGGCCUGGGCCUUCCCCAGCUCAGCCAACUCCUUGCCAUCCUUUCGUCAGGCCAGCUGAGGGCCUGCAGACGUUCAUGCAUUCCCUUUGGGUGGGGCCUGUCCUGGGACCCCACAGCUGGUGGCAACCCUCAAAGCACAGCAGGCCCUCGUAUGAAGCAGCCAAGUGAGUCCUGCAGUUAGGAUGGGUGAUUUCCCUGUGUAGAUACCAGCACUUUUUUUGUGGGGAGUACCGAGGAUUGAACCCAGGAUCUUCCUAC